UUCUAACCUAUCAUAACAUGCCGGUGAUAACAACAGUUGCGCAUAUCAGGUAACUGAUACUUCAAACAAGAAGAGGAAUGCAGUUCAGUUAGUUCAGUGCCAGGAUGUCUGGAUAGAUCUAAAGAAGAAGAAGAGGUGAAGAAUGGAUUCGUAUCGAUCCUUCGUGGAGAGACUCACACGGGCUGUGCGCACUCAAGAUUUCGAAAUCUUGCCGAAUAUCUUUAAGGACGGUCAGGGAUCUCUCGCAAUUGUUUCGCUCGAACAGCGUGAAUCAGCUGUAUGCAGCAUACUUAAUGGCGUGCUACGGUUUCUCAACUCCGAAAUUGAAAGACAGACAAAAGCAAAUAGACAAACAAAUAAGUUCGCUGAUAUAGCAGUGAAAGAAGCAUUUCACUUUCUACAAUUUUUUGUCGAAAAUUUUUAUACUACUCCAUGCUUUGUACGGUAUAUUCGUGGAGUUAAGGAUGUGUGUCAGUUUGCACUGACUGUAAAAUGUAAUCUUUUUACCAAAAAAGCCGCUUGUGAUGUAUUUACAAAAUUGAUAGAAUUAUUUGAAGGUAAUGCAAGCUUGCAGCUUGCCAAGACAAUCGAGAAGUUUACUAACAUACCUUAUAUUAAAAGCUUCUCACGAAAUGAAAGAAGAUCGAUAUUUUGCGUACUCGGUAAAAUAAUCAAGCACAAUGUAGGUGUCUGCUCGCCACAAAAUUGUUCCAAUAUUUUCAAACAAAUGAAGUCGGAUGCGUCUGAGGAGUAUGAUCCUAAGACCAACGUACGCACUGACUUCUGUAUGUAUUUCGAUUCCCUUGCGGACAUGUUGGACAGUGUGGAACCACCGGACAACAUAAAGGAGACAUUUUUCCGCGAAUUUUACGAGUGGAUUAAGAACUUUAUCCAAUCAAGCGAACAGCAAAGGGCUAAACAGGAAAAAAGAACAGUAAUGGGAUCAGCGAUUAAGCUUCUAAAUCGUCAUAUGAAUCUGUUUCAAGACCUGCUGUAUCCUGAUUACAAGUACUGGCACGAUACCCUCCGGAGCUUAUCGCUCGAAACGACUAGUUACGGUGUUAGCGGACAGUACACAUUGAAAAGAUUUUAUCGAGUUAUCGGACAGAUUCUCACAGAUCAAAAUAGUGAAAAGAGCGAUUUAAAAUAUUUUUUGGAUUAUUUUCAUACAGAACUCAAGAAGAUUAACUUAGAUUUAAGCACAUUGCGAUUAGUCGUUUAUGGCUUCAGUCAAAUGGCUGCGCCAUGCAAAACGCAUCUGGAUGAAUCCAAUUUAAGAUCUAUGUAUUCCGAUAUAACCAGUUACGCGCUUCCUCUUUGUGCCAGUGAGCAUAGCCAUUCGACGCACAUAGAGAACGUCUGUUGUUAUCAGGAAGCGCUCUCGGAAAUACUGUGUCACAUGACUGACGUUACAAUUGAAAAUAUUAAUGUCAUCGUAAAGCUUAGUAUUUAUACGAUCAAGAGAUUCCCCGAUUUAACAAUAUCCAAUAAGGUCGGUGUUUACACAUUGACCAGGACUAUCAGCAAUCUCGCGACCGUCAAUAAAGGUCUGCUGCAGCGAUAUCUCGAUACUAUAGUUUACGACGGCGUUGCGUGGAGUUGCUCGCAUACGUUGGCGCUCGACGCGGAGCUGCAACGAGAGCUGAACAAUCUGUCACAAUCGCCAGUAUGCUACAAGAACUAUCUGCCACUAUGGACGGAGCUGUUGAACGCCGAGAACUAUCGCGGACACGAGGAGCUGGCGCAAUACGUAGCGAACACCAUGUUGGACGUGUGCAUCGCGUUGAUCAACCGGCUGAACAUACAAGUGAAACGAAAGAACGAGGACACCGUGCUGUCCGACGUGGCCCUCACUCAGAGCGCCGUGAAUCAGGCGGACUUCCGCGUGUUCGCGAAUCUCGUGGACCUUUACGUGGACGUGAUCGACGCGUCAGAGCUACAGUUCGGCAACACCGUGCACAGAUUUCUCUACGAAGUCGUCCGAUUGUCAUACAGGUAUCCGCUGAUAUCCGGCUUCUACAAACUGAUUCGGGCCGGUAUGAAAAUCCUUGCUCAUAUAUCAGAGGAGAACAAUGCAGAGUUGCAACGGACGAAAGAGCUUCUAUCUAAUUACUUGUGUCACACUCUCGAUUUAAUCCCCGCGUUCUCUAACGAGCUAUUGAUCGCGUGCCUCUAUUUGAUCUUGGAUGCGCCUUUCGCGUACAUCGAGGACGCGCUAUCGCGCACACUGCCGGCGUUCAAGAUCGCGUUCACCGUCGGCCUGAGUAACCUGGAACUCGCGUACACCGCGCUCGCUACUCUGGAGACGUGGACGACGUCGACAACUGCACAGAAACGGGAGCGAGAUGAGCGAACGAACGAACUGUUGCGCGAGAUCGUCGCGUACCUGGAGCCGUACUUGCGUAGCACGGAGAGCUCCGUCGAGCUCUCACAGGACUUAACGACGGCGAGGAAGCGCGUGAAGCGCGUAGACGUGAUCGACACCGAGUGUACUCUGCGAAACUUUCAGCGGCGAGUUCUGCUGUUCCUCGGAUCACUCGAUCACGAUUUGCUGACGAGCUUCGUGCACGAGCGUGCUUCUCGCAGCACCGGGGCGUCCUGGGAUCACAAGAAUCUACUCAAGUACAACCUGUCGCUGCCGGACGCGCGACCGGUCAUCCAUUUCGAUCGGAUGCUGCCGCGAGUAAUUGCGCUGGCGCGCGACUCCAGCGACCGACGUACCAAGAUUGCGGCUUGCGAGGUUCUGCACUCGAUGGUGACCCUCUUUCUCGGCUCAACGGCGCGAUAUCUCGGCUCGAAGAAUCCCUACGCUGCUCUCUACGGCACCCUGUGUCGGGCUGUAGUCGCCCUCGGCUGUGACUCCGACGAGGUCGUGUACGGUCUCUUCCAUCCAUUGGCAAUGCAACUGAUGCGCUGGCUGAGCUCCAGGCCCACGUCAAUGUCUCUGGUGAUCGAUGCACUGUUCGACGGUUUAACCGAUGAUUCGAAUUCGGCUUUACGCGAGUUCUCCGGCAUGUGUCUGGCAGAAUUCACACGCUGGUCAAUAAGGCAAGCGUCAUCCAUCAGCACCUCGUCGGACACGAGAACAAUUUCGCAUGUGAGUAAGAUCAUUGGAAGGAUCAACAAUCUCGCGUUGCACCCGUCAACGCGUAAACGCGUAGCUGCAGCCGUAGCCUUCAAUCAUCUCUACGUGAUACUGCGCGAGGACGAUGACACGGUGUCGAUCUACUGGUUGGAGAUAUUUUACUGUUUUGUCCGCAGCUUAGAUGGAUGCAACGAUCCGUCAAUCACGAACGCGCUGUCCCACAUCGAGAGAGUAAUGAAAGUAAUGAAAUCCAAGCUCGAGGCGGACCUUCUGAACACGGCUGGUGUCCUCAAGCGUCGAAAGCCGCACGAGUUCGAUGACGCGACUCUGAUCUCCGCUCUGUACUGGUUGCUGUCGCAAUGCGGAACUCUCGACGAACAUUGCCGUGCGAAAUGCAUGGAGCUGUACGUCAAUUUAUCGCAGUACGUCGGCAGUGGUGCGCAGGAGAUGACGCAGAAUUUCGUUGAGACUUAUGGGAUAAAUCGACUGAACGAUAUCAUCUUGAAAGGCUUAGAAUCAGGUGUGAAGGAUACUUCCACGACCGAUAACGUGACAUCGUUGUUGAAAGCUCUGGAUUGUUACGUGUGGUUGAUAGACAAGAAAUUGUUGCCGGUAGAAAUGCUCUUUCCCACCGACGAUGUGGAGCAAACGAUCUUUCUCUGUAUUCGCAAUUUUGCUCGUCAAUUCUGCCGAGUAAUCGCGGUGUCUUCGGCGGGAACAUCUGAGACAACAAUGAAGUCUAGAGAACUCGAACAGCUGCAGGCGCUUCAGUGCAAAGCUCUGAUGACCACAUUAAACUUCAUACAAGUGCUACUGAACAUCGACAUCAACGUUCUACGGGAAUCAUUAUGGGAUGACUCGUUGUCCGAGUUAACGAUUAGAUGUAUAAUGCAUCCACGAGCGGUCGGUUUUGAUAUGAAGAAUAUCGAGAUGACAGAUAAAUUGCCACACAUCUUGGAGGCUUUGUUAAACUCUAUGAGAUCAAGAUACAACUAUGCUCUACCAGGUAUCUUCAAGAAGCAUCUUUUAAGUUUUGUUCGGGAACACAUCACGAAGCUUCUCAAUCUACGUAAUAUCGCGCAAAACGACUUCUGCGAUGAUCUGAUUCAACACGUUAACGGUCUGAUCUUGUUAAAGCGAUGCGAUAUGCUCGAUCCAACGGUCUUAGAAAGAAGCGCUUUCACGAACGGUGAUAACGUAGUUGAGCGGAUCUUCAAGUUUUUGGUGAGCGAACGAAUCGGAGAAUUGGUCUGCACGGACUUGAGCGCGCGAUUGAUCGAGUACUUGCGAGCUCUGAUGGAAUUUCAGUUCUCGCUACUCUCGUCGACGAUCGAGAAGCCGCUGAUAAUAGGCGAAGACACUCGGUCGAUGACCGAGAAACUGGUGCAAUGGAUAUCGAACAAUGCCCCGGUAACUAGUGCGGACUGCACAAUAAUCACGUACGGCGAACACUUUCUGAACACGUUCAAGAGUGUGAUUUUCAAAUUUAUGUUGACGAAUGUGGGCGCAAUCAAGCACAUCUUUGAUACGUCACCCGACGAUCCAUCCUUCCUAUUGAAAUGGACCGAGGAUCUGUUGCUGUUCCUGAAACGUCACAGGCGUGAGCUGCAGGUUGACAUUGACGCUAUACUCAAUGUAAUUCUGCAGCAAUUCUCCUGUCUGAAUAACGCCGUCUGUAAUGUGAACAGUCGUAAAGAGAGGCUGAUGAAUAUCUACAGCAUCGUGGUGCAUCUGAAGUCAAAGCCCACGGAGAUUAUGCAGAAUCAGGAAUUCUACAACUGGAUUCGGGAUGAGUUGAUAAACAAUAAUCUCGAGUACAAGACAAAGAUUCUUAAAAAUUUCUUCAUCUGCCUGACAGAUGUGACAGAUGUGGAUCGCCAAGACUUGCAGAGAAGCUUGCGGACUCUAAAAAACGACGGAAGAUUGCUGUGCUCAAAUCUCUCCGAGACAAACGUAAACGCCAUGAAGGUGAUCGAUUGCUUCGAGACGUUGCUGGUGCUGUUGUCGACGACCAGGUCGAUAAUAAUGCUCGAGUGCGUGAUACACUUCGCUGCCGGUACCGGCAAACGUCUCUUCGAGAACGAGAAACUUGAGGAACAUCUGCACGGGUACUACUACGAAGCGACCCUUGAACACGUUCUAGAAUCGCUGCAGCAGACCUACAAUGCGUUCAUGGAUAUGAACACUCCCGAGAACGAAAGACUCGACAUUCUAAACAAAUUUCUCUUGCCAGCGUUCAAGUUCUGCGACGCAAUCGCGAUCGAGCGUUUCUUUGAGAAAAAUAUCGAAGAUCUGAACAAGACCGCUGAUUUACGUAUCGUCGACGAUGAUGAUGCGGUCAAGCAGAAAAUCGUAUCGAAGAUUGGAUACUUUCAGUUGAUAGCGGUCAUGUUUGCCCGGGUGGGCGAAGACAAAAUAGAUGCGAACAAUAAAAUCGAAAAAGAUGCGAUCGCGCAGAAUAACCAAUUCCUAAUCAACAAAGAUCUUUAUAAAAAUCUUUAUAACCACGCUCUAAAUAUCCGGUCCCUGAGAAUAACGCGGCCAGAAUGUAAGGAGUUCACGCGUCUGCUGCACUGCUCCGCAUACAAUUGCUGGCUGGCAAUCGUGAGCCUGAAGAAGGAGGAGCGUUUCUACUGCGGGGCGUUUGGCGAGAAUGAGGAGAAAAAACUCAGGAUCUGGCAGAAUAUUAUAGAUUGUGACACGCAGUACCAAUUUGGUCAGAUCUUCAAGGAGUAUCCGAAGACCCGCGAGAUCACCGUUAACAUCAAAUCCGCGGAAAACAGGGAUGGACAGCGUACGCACAGAUAUGCCUAUGUUCAUAGCUACGAUCUGUCGUCCUGCACAUUGAGCGAGGACAUUAAUGCCUACGAUUUCAACAAAUGCGUCGUGUUGCCGUCCGAUUUUCGUCGUCACGCCUCGACGACGAAUUCCAUUGAUUCCGAUCCGCUUCGCGCACACGGUGCGACGAGCAUCGCCUUACAGAACAGCGAUUUUAACGAGCACGAGUGCAUGCCAUAUAUUUGUGUCCUAUUACGGCAUAUCAGAAAAACAUUCGGGUUGAGCAAUGACAAUCACCUUGAGAAGCCGCCCGAUUGGCUCGAUUAUUUCCUCCGAGGCUUGAAUUCAAAGAAUAAUAAGAAUAUUCAACUGUUUAUACUUAAGGUCAUUUCAAACACCGCAGAUGAGGUAUUCAAGCCCUAUGCCAAGGCUGUGCUGGGACGGAUUAUCAAGGCUAUCGCUGAUUAUUUGGAACGAUAUGAUUUGAACUAUAUCAUUACAGACGUUCUGGAGAUACUGCUGAAUUGGGACGACGUGACCGUGCUGAGCACCGAGAAUGACAAAAAAGAGGCACAAAGACUCUUUAAAGUGUUCGUCGAAAAGGUAUUAAGAGCCAACAAUAAUCGUCGCGUGUACAACUACAAUCUGAACCUGAUGAAGAUCAUGGUGGAGAAGUGGCGCAGCUGCUUGCGAGUGCCGGAAGAAGUCCUAAAACGAAAAAUGAUAUCUUCGCCGGCGGCCGCGGUGUAUCUCAUUCUGGUGCUUCUCAACAACGGCAUGGAGGAAAAAGUCGUCACUGAGAACGACAUCGUCGACUUUCUGCUGAGGCCGUUAAGCGAUCGGAAUACAGACGAGACGCCUUUGCAGUGCUGUGAGUGUCUCGGCUUGUACCUGCGUUCUCUGGACAACGGCAGAUGCAACGAGACUGAAAGAGAGAGCAAGAAACGCGAGGUGAAGAACAGGAUCUUCGCUAUCCUCGGUUCUGUUUCCACAGACAUAGAUAUGACCAAGCAGGUGAAACGCGUCGCUGUUCUCUGCCGAACUUAUCCCGAGGUAGCCAAGGAUUACAUCAACGUCACGAUCAACGCUAUGGCCAAAUCUGGCUCUCUGGAAAGAGCCUACUGCCUGGAGAUAUUCGCGUUAGCGAUGUCGAAGAUGAGCGCGGAAGAGAUUGUGAACAAUCUGUGUCACAUGGAGCUGCAAAGGAUUCUGAUGAACCGGGAGUCGUCUUGCGCAAAAAUAGCAUUGCAAAUCGUCCGCGACAUGGUAGCGACCGUCUCGCCGACGAAUCUGCUGCCCUACGUGGAACUGACGUUGCCAUAUAUCAAGGAAAAUAUUACGGAACACCGGGAAUUGGUUUACGACAUACUCAUGAGGAUUCAUAAGAGAUAUUCGGCGGACAUUGCGGACGACGACGCGACUGUACGAAAUCUGCUGUCCGUCAGCGUGCAAAAUCUUCUAGCCGGUCUGCUGGACCCGUCUUCCGAUCUGCAGGACAGAAUACUGAAGUUCUGGACGGAGGAGACGAGCCUGAACACAAAUAGCUCGAAGGAGCGAUUGAUCGCACUUCUGGCCAUGCAUUCGUCGCAGGUGACAACGGACGAGGACGCAUUCGCACCCUUCGUGGCCUUGCUGAUGUUGCAGCUGACCACCAAAUCAAUAGACUACAACAGGAAGAUGUUCGACGAGCCCCUGCAGAACAAUUGUAACUUCGACGAGCACAAGAUAACCGUUUCCUGGCGGAGGCGGAACCUGAGCUGCAUGACGCCAAUGUUCGUCGACUCGCUCGCUUCCCAGAUGAGCUACAGCACCUUCUCUCAGAGCGUCGACAACGAUUUAUAUGGAACCUACACGACUCCUACGUUCUCUCAUUCACGUUUCUCGAACCGUGUCCCUGCGAGGCUGCGCGCGACGCAGGAUCUGCAGUUUACGCCGACUUUUCUCGAGGACGACGAUGCCGCGGAUGUGGCCACGACGCUCGAUAUUUCGUCGGACGACACUGGAUUUGAUCGAGGGUCAAUCGCGUCCUCGUCGAGAAGACCGCCGCAGACGGGGCACGAGAGAUUCACCAGGAUUCUGGCGAACACCUCGGACGUCUCGAACAACAUGCGCAACCAGCAAAUACGAAGGAACGUGGAACGAGCAGAAAAGAUAAAGCAAGAAAGCAUCAGGCAGAGAAGCAGCGUGAAAUUGUAUAGAAACUAUAGGAUCGGAGAAUUUCCCGACAUCGAGAUAUCUCAUGCGAGUUUGAUCGUACCACUUCAACAGUUGAUCAAAUUGGAUCGGCUGAUCUGCAAAGAUGUGACCGUGUCCCUGUUCUAUUCACUGAUCGGAGAAGUGAUCGAGAGGGAGAGGAGGGAUGAUUUUCGUCGGACCAUCGUGGAGAGUCUGAAGCGAAUCCUGCACGACUCGUGCGAGAGAGACAGCUCUUUCAACGCUGUUGUUUUAGAGACGUUGCUACGGUUGAGUCGGGACGCUCCUACGGUCGCCGACUGCGAUCCGCGAGACAUAGUGAAGACGUCUAAGGCGAAUCAUUUGAACGCUCUCGGUACUCUUCUCCUGGAACUCAGUUUACUGCCUGAUGCGCGGGACGAUGAUUCGGGGCCCACAUCGAGUAAGAGAAUGCGAAGACACGACGAUGACAUUCGCAACGAGGAGACCAGGAAGUGGACGCAAUUGGCGUCUCUCUAUAAAUCACUGAAUGACGUUGACGUCGUUCUGAGCAUCUUUCGAGGACGACAAGCUUUCGGUCAGAAUGUACAGGAAGCGGCUCUCGCGGAAGUGGACGGCGACUGGAUUCGAGCGAAGGAUGCGUUCGCGAGUGCUUACGAACAAACAGAGGAUCCGUCGAUUAAGGAGCACUGCUUGCAAGGAUUACUUGAGGCCGCGAACAAUUUGUGUGACUGGUCGGCGAUCGACCGGCUCGUGAAAGGCCGUGCUGAAAACGGAAACCUAAACGAUAUCUGGAACGACGCAUGGAAGGACUGGAUGAUUCCGUAUGCUUGCGAUGCCUAUGUACAUAUGUUGGAAAACAGAGACUGGGCAUUGAACAGCAACGAUAUGAGGACUAUCCAGUCGUGGACGGACGAUCGAAACAAAUUGCAGCAUCUUAUGCCCGCGACAGGCGAAAAUCUGGUGCUAUUUCUACUGAAAACGGACGAUCAAUCUGUGAAAAAGACGACCGAUCUGUUAAAUGAUCUUUUAGAUAUGACAGGAAAGCAAUGGGUUGGGUUGAAUCCCCUCUGCACCGAGCUAGGAAUACGCAAAUUAUUUAAGUUGCAAGUCAUGAACGAUCUAGAUGCUUCGCUCAAGAUUCUUCGAUGCGCAAACAGUGCGGACAAUAUGACGACGCUGUUGAAUUUCUGGUCGAGGAAAGCACCCACGAUUCGAGACAACCUCAUACAAUGGAACAAAUUAGCUGCCUAUCGAGCAUAUUCUUCGAUGUUGUUUGAGGAUGAUUGCAGAAGACGGAAAAAGAAGCUAUACCAAAAAAAUUAUCAGCUCCGACUGGACAUCAUCGACGCAGCGUUGAGUCAAAAACACCGAUAUAUCGCCGAGGAACACUUGAAACAUGCAAAUAAGUAUCUGAAUUCUAUAAGUGAAAUGGUCGGUGAGGAGGAUGACGUCCGUCGUCCGAAGCUAUCAUUAGCCUGGCUUGAGGCUAGAAUCAAGAGUCUGUGCGCCGAUGUCGAGAUGGACGUGUCCAAGAAAAUGAACAAUUAUACCGCUUCUUGGGAAAGCUCGCAUGAACUGUUGAAGAGUGAGGAGCUCGACCCUGACAUGAGCACUGCCAUCAAAGAGCAUAUCGGCACGAUGGCUUCGAAGAUCGAAUCCUUGAGCAGGGAGAACGACGCGUUCGCCAGCACAUUGGCGAGCAACACUAUCUUACAUAAGGACAUAGGAACGACGAGUAUCGACCUGGAUAACAUCCGGGAACAUUUGCUGAGCUACAGUUUGGACAAAUUGCAAUCUUGCUGCGAAAAUCCGACUACUGCUAGCGUCGGCGAACACUAUUGCGCUUUAGCCAGACAUUGUUAUAGACUGAUGAGUACUGACGCGGAGAACGAUGAGAUCUUCCAAGAAUUUCUGAAGUCUACUCUGAGAUCCAUGAGUCACGAUUAUCUCGAAGCUACGCACUACUUCCCCUGCUUGCUGAGACCCAAACGACUGCAGAACGACGAGACACGAGCGAUGUUCGUCCAAGAAUGCGCCAAGCUGCGACCGUGGCUGUUCCUGCGUUGGCGAGACCUGCUCUUUUCCCACCUGGGAACAGCGUCGAUCUCGACCGCAAUCGUAUCGAUCGUCGAGAGGCUCGCCGAGACUUAUCCCGACGCGAUCGCCUACACGUAUCAUCUUACCGUCGAGAGAAACCCUGGUAUUCUUCAGGACGAGAAAAUCCAGCGGAUACGUUCACUCCUGCGUGACAAAGCGGAAGAGUACGAGCGGUUUUUGCGGGCGAUAGAGUACGUGGCGCAACCGAAACUGUAUCUGAAACACCAUCUCGACGAGGCGAUGAGGGAUCUGUCCCGAGGGAAAGCGACAGCCAUCGAAUCGCUGUUGCGGAAAGUCUAUCCGAAUUCCAGCGUGGCAGAAAGGAACCCGCGACCGGGUGUUAUCUUUAAUAAGGAGAUUGCGGAUUAUGAGAGUGAAAUAAGAGCCUUGGAUCCUAAUAAUCGCGACACCGCGCGAGAUGGGAUACGAAGACUUAAGGAGCGGUUGAACAAGUCCUUCCGGAAGAACAUGAGAUACGAGAGUAGGCUAAAGGAUUACAGUCCGUUCUUGCACGAGUACGUCGGUGGUAGCGGCGGCGGUAUCGAGAUUCCCGGACAAUACACCGGCGACAGGGAACCCGUGCCGCGCUACCACGUGAGGAUCGCGCGGUUCGAACCGCAGGUGGAGGUCAUGCAAUCGCUGCGCAAACCGAUUCGCAUUGGCAUGAUGGGCGACAACGGCAGGGAGUACAAGUUUCUGGUGAAAUUCGGCGAGGAUCUGACGAUCGACCGGGGCCUGCAGCAGCUGUAUUCCACCAUGAACAGAACGUUGCGCAACGACCCCGGCUGCAGACAGAGGCGCUUGGCCAUCGACACGUACGAGGUCAUUCCACUGUCAAGCUCGUUCGGUCUCAUUCAAUGGAUCGAGGACACGAAAUCCUUAGACGAUCUAGUAAAGUUCACUCUGUCGAAUAACGAGAAGAAUCGGCUCACGGAGAUCUGCAUGCGGUACGCGAAAUGGAUAAAGGACGCAGCGCCUACGAAACAGCGGAUCACCGAUUGGUACAAGGUAUCCCUGUCCAAGUAUAGUCAGGAGGAGGUCACGGAGAACAUGAAGCGCUUGAUCAGCAAGACGAGGCCAACGGCUCUACGUGACGCGUUUAACAUGAUCAGCCCGUCCCCGGAAUGUUUCGUCACGCUGCGACGUAACUUUGUCGCAAGUUACGCGACCAUGUGCGCGGCGCACUGGCUCGCAGGAAUCGGCGAUCGUCACCUACAGAACACCCUGGUACACGUCACGACCGGACGUUGUCUGGGCAUCGACUUUGGCCACGCUUUUGGCAGCGGCGUACGCGCACCGAUACCAGAACUCGUGCCGUUUCGUUUGACACCGCAGAUCAUCGAGCUGCUGCGACCCUUCACGGAGCGAGACCUCCUGGCGACGAUCAUGACCCAUACGAUGCGGGCUCUGCGCGACGAUCGAGGCCCGAUCCUCGCUUGCAUGGACAUUUUUGUCCACAAACCCGUCCAGCGGUCGUUGAGCAUCAACGACGGUGAAAUAACGAGGAACGACGACGAAGAUAUUGAUGCAGAUUUAACAUGGUCAUCCAAAAGGAAUAUCGAGAUAGUUGCGAAAAAAUUAAAUGGAAUUCAUCCGUCAGUCAUCACGUUGGAACAAUUAAAAGAAGCUCAUGACGAUGAAUACUUUGCGAGGUAUCACGCAAUCGUCACCGGCAAUGACGGGCUCAAACAACCACGGGCAGAUGUAAGGAGCGAUCGCUUGACACCUGCAGAACAGGUGGACUGUUUGUUGGAUCAAGCGAAAGACCUGAAUAUCUUGGGCCGCAUGUUCGAAAAGUGGCAAUCUUGGCUGUGAUGCUGUGCGAUAUUCAUGGAAUAUGUGAAUAUUACAUGUGAAAUAUCAAUGAUUUAAAAAAAAGUACGGCAAUCACGUAUAAUCCAAAAAAUUUGAACCAAACUUAUUUUGUGUACUUACGUUAAAUAAGAUAAGAGACUAUCGCAAUAUUAAUUGGACAAAUUCAAAUCAUGGACAAUUUAUAUAUAAUGAAGAUAUAAUUCUGUUUAUUAACAUAAAUAAAAUAUUUUCUGCAUUAUAUAGUUUAUAUACACCAAAUGUAAUAGACUUAGCAAAUGUCUAUUACUAUUCGGAACUGUACAGGAUAUGUUUGACAAGUUAGAAUUAUGCAGAAAACUGUUAUGAUAUUAAAAUAUUAGAGACAUUUAUAUAUUCCUUAUGCUGAAAGUCAGUAUACAUUUCUAGCUUCGCUAAUUCAUUGCAUAUAUAAUAAAAUAUUUUUUAUAUCUUUUUAAGAUAGACAAAGUUUAUUAGAUUUUGUAAAUGUUAAAUGUACUAAAUAGAUCGUUAAAAACUACAUAUAAUUGGGUAUAUCACUUGAAAAAGAAAAACUAAUACAGGAGAUCGAAUAUUAAUUUUAGAUUUUUGAGACUUAAUUACUUCGAAAAUCAUCGAAUCACCUUUAGAAAAUCGCGAUUGAUUUAACAGACAAUUUUGUUUUGAAAUAUUUAAAAAACUACUAUUUUUUUAUUAAUUAAUCCAAAGAAACUAUGUUUGGUUGAAUCGUUCGUAUUAUUAUCUGUUUUAUUUAAAAAAUAGAAUAUACAAGUAUGUACCUAUAUUUAUAAUUUAUAAUUUAUGAAUUCACGUAUAUCUCAGAUCUACCUCUUGUGGAAGUUUCCGGGACUUCCGCGGAAUUAAAGGAAUCAUUGGUAUUGAAUCCCCAAUAAUAUGUAUGUCAUACUUGUGUGUGAGUGAUAAUACCGGUCAAUUUACUACUUUUAAACGUAUAAUUUUGUACAAUCACGAUAAGAUUUGAAUUAUUAAUACUGCUCAGUCAAAGUCAACUAUCUCUAAUAU